AUGGUUUCGACCAUCUUUCCUACCUGGCCUCACCUGCUCUUCGGAGUCAUCGAACCCAUUUCUCUGAUUGCUGGCUGGGCCCUCCCCAUAAUCGAUCUAAACUGGUUCAUUCUCGACCAAGCCCCCAACCCAGACUUGAUUUCCGACGCCAUCCAUCCCAGCAGCAUUGCGCUAGCCUACCAACUCGCCAAUCUCUACGGCCUCCUUUUUCUCCUCGGCGUGGGAAUUUGCUACACCACCACUGAGCCCAAGGUUCUGCGCAACUACCUGUUCUGUCUUGCCGUCGCGGACUUUGGACACAUCUACGUGACGUACCUUGCCAUGGGGGCUGAGGCGACCUUCGAUGUCGCAGGGUGGAAUCUGUUGACUUGGGGGAAUAUCUCGAUUACGGGAUUCUUGUUUGUAAAUCGUUUGGCGUACUUGGCGGGGGUUUUCGGGGAUGCUAAGUCGCCUUUGGAAGAUAAGAAAAGGACUUAG